UUACGAAUCUAGUAUUGUUAUUAGUGGAAGAUGAUUUAAUAACGGGAGAAGGCAUUAUGCUCUUUACAUAUCUUUUUUCAAUUUUAUAUGUACAUUGAAAGAAGAAACGUGAAAGACUGCUCUAUUAUAAAUACUAGCAUAUGAUGUAUACUAACAGAUAUUAAUAACGAUAAAAAUGGAACAGCUACAGACUGCACUGACAGCAAUUAAGGUAUUACGCUCAAGUGUUGGCCAAGUCUUUGAUUCUUUAGGAAAUGGACUACGUGCUGAUCAUGGAGAAGAAAAUAAAGAAAAUAAAUAUUUGCUUGAAUUGCAAGAACUUUUAACAACAGUCAAUGUCAAUCUAAGAGAUGUUGAACAAGCUGUAAGCAGUUUAAAUCCACCACCAGGGCCAUUUAAUUUAGCAAGUACUACAUAUCUUAGUCAAGAAACAACACAAGAAAGACAAGCAUUGUAUAGUACAUUAGUAAAUAGUUACAAGUGGACGGACAAAGUUCAUGAAUAUAGUAAUGUUGCUCAAGUAAUACUUAGCCAGAAUUCUCUGAAAAGAUCUUAUAAUACUGCUAGCAGAGCAAAAAGAGGUCGAACCCAAACGAGUAAUCAUAAUGUUCCUCAACAACAAGUUGAUUCAUUAAUAGCCACAUUUGAUAGACUUUUUAAUGAUAUGACAGUAUCUGUAUCUCGACCAUUUGCAUCAAAUGUAGUAUUACAUGUUACCCUGGGACAUGUUUUAAAAGGAGUCAUAGCAUUUAAAGGUUUAAUGAUUGAAUGGGUAGUAGUUAAAGGUUAUGGAGAACCUAUGGAUUUAUGGACAGAGUCCAGACACAAAGUUUUUAGAAAAGUAACGGAAAAUGCUCACGCUGCUAUGUUACAUUUUUAUUCUCCUACAUUACCUGAAUUAGCUGUCCGAUCAUUUAUGACUUGGUUCCAUAGUUUAAAUAAUCUAUUUAGUGAUCCAUGUAAACGUUGUGGUUUACAUUUACACAGUGCUUUACCUCCAACAUGGAGGGAUUUUCGAACAUUGGAAUCCUAUCAUCAAGAAUGUAAACCAUAAA